UGAAAUUCACAACUUUAGCGGCUCGGUGCACCACUUGUCGGUCGACUAAAAUAGAUACGAAUACAAUGAUUUUGCUUUGUCACCGCAUGGCUGGUUGUAGUGUUUGACGAGCCGUAACCUCUUCGCAAGGCUUGUGCCUGCGCUUGGGCAGCGGUGCCACGACACUCCGAAUCAUCUGAGCCCGAUUUCACCACGGAGGUGCAGUACAGUUCCGGGAAAGCGAAAGACGAGCAAAAGUAGAAGAGCAAGACAGAAACGGCCAGGAUGGUGUACAUUGAGUACAGCCCCUUCGGGGUGGUGUGGCCGUCCUUGUUCGGGAGCGUGGCAUGCUUUUUCUUCAUCAGCUUUCUCUACCGACGUUUGAUGGCUGCCCGCACCGGUAGCCAGAUCGGGCACCCGAAGCUGGACCGCUUGGCCGCGCAGAUCAAAUCGGGCGCAACGGCGUUUCUGAAAGAGGAGUACCGCGUUUUGGGCGUUUUCGUCGCGGCUUCCGCCUUCCUGCUUUUCAUCGUGUUCGCGUCGAAGCAGUCCGCGGUGAUCGGGUUCCGCGUCGCGCUGUGCUUUCUCUGCGGCGCGUCUCUGUCCGCGCUGGCGGGCUGGUGCGGCAUGAGCGUUGCGACGGACGGCAACGUGCGCACCACCGUUGCGUGCACGGAGGGCACGUUGAAUGACGGGCUCGUGGUGGCGUUCACGGCCGGUAGCAUCAUGGGUUUCGCGGUCGUCGGGCUCGGCCUCGCCGGUCUUUCCCUCGUGUUCCUCUUCGUCGCGACGGGGCACGAAUACCUGCACACGAUGCAGGAGCUGGCCGGGUUCGGGUUUGGCGCGAGCAGCAUCGCGCUGUUCGCGCGCGUGGCCGGCGGGAUCUACACGAAGGCGGCGGACGUCGGGGCGGAUCUGGUGGGAAAGGUAGAGGCGGGAAUCGACGAGGACGAUCCGCAUAAUCCGGCCGUGAUCGCGGACAACGUGGGGGACAACGUGGGCGACGUCGCCGGUAUGGGCGCGGACCUUUUCGAGUCCUAUGUAGGCAGUGUGAUUGCAGCGGCAACGCUCGCAUCGCUCGAGAUGGAGGACCCAAUGGUGAAUCGAAAGGUAAGGUGUAGGUGUGCAGAAGGUGAAAGAUAGGCCCGUUUUCUUUUUGUUGAAAUACGACGAGCGCGACAGUGGUGGCCAUGUUGUGCCAGUGAAUCCAAAGCUUGAAGAAAAACAAUUAUCGCUUCAGGUCGCUUUACCCUUUUACCUUUCCGGUAUUGGUGUUGCCGCUUCGAUCGUCGGUUAUUUUUAUGUCAACACAUCCGAAGCGGGAAACGGCUGGAACACAAAUCUGGGGCAACUGAUGUGGGCACUGGAGAAGGGUAUGUUCGUGGCCGGCGGAAUUUUUCUGGCCGCGGCAUUGUUCCUCUGCCUGGUUAUGUUCGGGUUUAAGCUGGGCAUUCAGCUGUGGCUCUGCGUGGGCUUCGGUCUCGGCGGGGGGAUGCUGAUUGGCAAGUUCACGGAGUACUUCACCUCGUUCGAUUUUGGGCCCGUACAGAGCAUCAAGGACCGGGGCGUCACGGGCCCCGCGACCGUGAUCAUUCAGGGCAUCGGGGUAGGGAUGAUCUCCUGUGUGCCCCCAGUGGUCACGCUCGUGCUACUCAUCUUGCUCUGCUCAAGCCUCGGUAUAGAAACUACGUUUCUCCUGCUGAAUGCAACAGCAGUUUGGGACUGAUUUGGCUGAAGAUCAUGCCGUACAACUUACGGCUAACAGACGAGACGUACAGCGCCGCACUUUGGAUCAAAAUACUCAAUCCCACACAAUGACCCCUUUUGUAUACAAAACACAUCAAACAGGCGGUCUCUACGGGGUGAGCAUCAGCGCCGUUGGUAUGCUGUCCACACUUGGAAUUACACUCGCCACCGACGCCUACGGACCCGUCGCCGACAACGCGGGUGGCCUGGCGGAGAUGGACCCAAGUAUUCCGGACGAGGUCCAUAUGGAUGUGUCAGGUUUGAAAUCGUCAAAGUUGAAAUAGUUUGCCAUGCAUAAAACGGAUACCAGUUAGACCUACAGCUUGUAGUCGGCGCAUGACAAAUUUUCCCGGUCCUGGAAGCGAUUCUGUCAUGCGGUUUAGGGCAAAAGAGCUGCCUUCUGUCAUGCUAGCUUGCAGUCCGACUUUAUUUAACCCUUGCCAGGACUAUAAUCUGCCUCCCGUGCGUCCUCUGCAAUAGAGUCAGUUUUUGUAUCGCAUUUUAUGCAAGACAGACCAUUUCAACUUUGACGAUUUCAAUCCUGGCACUCCCAUAGUCCGCGGGAAAACAGACGCGCUGGACGCGCUGGGAAACACGACGGCGGCGACGGGAAAGGGGUUUGCCAUCGCGUCUGCCGUCUUGACCGCCCUCUCCCUGCUGGCGGCGUUCGAGCACGAAGUGGAUCCGACGCGGGCGAUGGACUUCCGGGUCGGCGACCCGGUGAUCUUGUCCGGUGUUAUUUUCGGCGCCAUGCUGCCGUUUCUGUUCGCCGCUCUGACCAUGAUUUCCGUGGGCAAAGCGGCGGCAGAGAUCAUCCAGGAGGUCAGGAGGCAGUUCCACGGCGGGGUGCCAGGAUUGUACGAGUGUAUCGUGAAGGCCAGCAACGGCGAACCCAUCCCCGAGGCCGAGGACGUCAUGCCGGACAGUGAUACGUGCGUCGCCAUCUCUACGCGCAGCUCUUUGCGGGAAAUGCUGGCACCCGGCGCGUAUGAUUCAGCUUUCAUUUCGCAUAAGAUCCUUGUUUCCCCUUCGGAAGAAUCUGAGUGAAUUCGGUAAUUGAGUGCGGUUGGAGUUUAGACUUGCUGUCAGACCAAAAAUUUUCUGUCUUGUUCCCAAACUAUCAGAUACGCCAUUCUUGCACCACUCUUUGUCGGGCUUUUUGUUGGUCCUCGAUGUCUCAUGGGAGUGCUGGCUGGCGCGAUUGCCUCCGGGUGCAUGAUGGCGAUCAUGAUGUCGAAUGCGGGUGGCGCAUGGGACAACGGCAAGAAGCUUUGCGAAAAACUCCAGAUAAAAAAGACCGACCAAGGAAAGGCUUGCGUGGUAAGAAGGCGAUGUUCAGGAACGAGAGGAGUGUGUGUGUGUAGAGAUCGCGUUUUGAAUUUGCAGAGUGCUGCGGGGAUGAGAUAUGAUUCAGAUGAAGAAUGAUGAUGAGUACCACUCUGCGUUUCGAUUUCCAUUUCUCAAGGUCGGCGACACGGUUGGCGAUCCGUUCAAGGACACAAGUGGCCCGGCGCUGAACAUUUUGAUAAAGCUGAUGAGCAUGAUUUCCCUCACGAUUGCGCCCCUGAUCCGCGGGCACGGGGACUUCGAGGAAUGGUAUGGCGGCCUCGUUCCCCUAGGGCUUUUUGUCGGGAUUACGUACUAUCUCGUGAAAAGCAGAAUUCUCUCGUGGGACGACCCACUGGCGGCCACGCUGGCCUCCGCAGUCGACGCGAAGGGCGGGAACGCGACUGGCAGUCCCGUGACCACCGCGCCAGGAGGAGUUCCGAUGCGGCCGAAGAACUUGCGACUCGAGGAGGGCGUGCCGCUGAACGGCCACAGCCCGUCGAGUAAGCCCGGGAAUGUGUAUUCCGAGUAAAAACAUCCCCACCCCAGAGUUGUCAUGCAAAUUUGCAUGCCAAAAAAGUUUCUCCUGCGAAGCCCCAUGAGAAGCUUUUUCUAGUCGCGUUUUGGGAUUCAUUUGUGAUGCUAGAAAUAGCAUGAUAUGCUAGAUCUGUGAUGCUGCUGAGCUAGCUAAACAGGAUCACACUACGAGGCCAAAGUUGUCAUGCGAAACAACCAAAGUUGGCCGAUUUGUCUAGCAGAUUUUCGACGUUGACUCUGGUGUGGGGAUGUUUUUACUCAGGAUAAUGUGCCAGACACCGUCAUUGGCCACGUAGUUGGAGCACCGGGUGGAACCGGCGUGCAGAGCUACGAAUUCCAGGUAUUAAGUUGUUGCUUCAUGUCUUAUUUCCGUAGUGUUUCAUGAAGUGAAAAUAAAUUACUUAAUUUGCUCGCUUUCGCUGUACGGCGAGCUACAGGUUCUCUUUUUCAUCUUUCGCGUAAAAUUUCUUUUUGCCGAAAGUACGUGAGAGUGAGGAGAAGAUGGUGUGCGUGCAUUCUUUUUGUUGAAUAUUCAGGACGUGAUCCAGGGUGCAUAAACUACCGCAGGAGAUGCCCGCUCCGCAGUCCGUGGCCAUUGGCAGACCUCACGACGGCGCAGCAGAUGCGGAUCAACGGAUGGCCAUAGAAAACCAGCAAGCUGCCAUUGCGGACCGCGGAACCGCACCAGGCGGCAGUUCAAGCACGGCGCUCGCCAAUACCUGAAAGACAAAGAUCAUCUACUGCACCAAAGCGUCAUACAUAGCACGUCUUCUAGUGAAACAGCAGAAUGUUGGCAAUGAGAAGUUUUUUGAAAAUGUAACCGCAAUUAUGUACUACGCAAGUACCUCGGUGCUGUUGGUCCUGGAUCUAUGUUUUGCUUUCGGGGACGACAAAAUUGUCGUCAGGAUAUUUUGCUGAAUCGUCGAAGAGUGCUUGCUGCGACUGUAAAUGCUAAGUUCUUUUCUCUUCUAGUGAUAGAUUCUGAAUCCAAGGGGUUAGACGUUCAAUGAAGCGUGCCUCUACAAACCUGCAACUGUAACUUGCUAGAUGAGUGGUAACUCGCGAGUAGGGCGAGGAUAUGAUAUGACGUCCUUUAGAGGAGCUGUCGGACCUCAUCAUGUCAGAUUCUAGCGAACUAUGGUGCGUACUUAUGGUUGUACUGAC